AACAUAAAAGAGAGUGUGAAACCUGAAAUAGUGAAAUAGAGUAAGGAAGAGAGUGAUGAACAUUCAUCAUCAUAUAGGAAUCAUGACUAUAUCAUCAUCUUUGCCAACAAAUAAUAAAAGCAUUUUCUCAGUUUCAACAAGGCCACACUUUCUUGUUCCUUCUUCUUUUUCUCUUCCUUUCAUUUCCACAUCAACUUUCAUCCAUUUCCAUAACCAUCCACGUAUUAAUAAGCUCCACCUUCGACGACGACGGUUUAAUUCUGUUACAAAAUUGCCAACAACAAUAGCCAUGACAACAACUGAAUGGGUUCAACAAGAUCUUCCACCACCACUUACUUCAACUUCACCUCCACCUUCCUUAUUUGAUGGAACUACCAGAUUGUAUAUCUCCUACAAAUGUCCCUAUGCACAGCGUGUAUGGAUCACCCGUAACACUAAGGGAUUGCAGGACAAGAUACAGUUAGUUCCCAUUGAUUUACAAGACAGACCUUCUUGGUAUAAGGACAAACUCUACCCACCAAACAAGGUUCCAUCUCUUGAACACAACAAUGAAGUUAGAGGAGAGAGUCUUGAUCUGAUUAAAUAUAUUGAUACUCGCUUUGAAGGACCCUCCCUAUUUCCUAAUGAUUCUCCUGAUAAGGAAUUUGCUGAAGAAAUUCUAUCUUACACAGAUACCUUUUACAAGACAGUUGUUUCUUCUUUUAAAGGAGAUGUAACUGAGGCUGGCACUGCUUUUGAUCACAUUGAGAAUGUUCUCUCCAAGUAUGAUAAUGGACCUUUCUUCCUUGGUCAAUUCAGUUUGGUGGAUAUAGCAUAUGCACCUUUUAUGGAAAGAUUUCAACCUUUUCUAAUGGAUGUGAAAAACUAUGACAUUACAUUGGGCAGGCCUAAACUGGCAGCAUGGAUUGAGGGGAUAAACAACAUUGAAGGCUACAAAAUAACUCGUUCUGAUCCCAAGGAGCUUAUUGAAAGCUACAGGAAGCGCUUCGAGGCCAAUCCAUGAAUCCAAUGUUUGGCAUCACAGAGUGAGUCAAGAGUACCAAGAUUGAUCAGAAAACCAGUGUCAAAUGCACUAUGAAUCAUGCUCCAAGUGCCCAUCACUAGAGAUUUUGACUUAUUAUGUCAUCCAAAAAAUGCCACAUAAUGAACCCGGAUUUAUAUACCGGGUUACUUUCCCGAGGCAUUUCCCUGAAUAAAUGAAGGUCUAUUUGGAUUACUUAUUUGAGUUUAUCUACUAUCAUUCACGCUUGUGAGAAAUAGUUCACACGCGUUUUAUGUUGUAAAUACUAAGUCAAACUAAUUAUCCAAACAUAACCUAAAUGAAAAGAAACAAGUACAACUUCCUUAUUUCCA